AUGAUAAAAAUAAAUUAUUUUAAUUUAAAAUCUAUUUGGAUUUUUAUAAUUAUUUUUAUAUUUAUUAAAUUGAAUGAAAAUAUUAAAAUAGUUAUAUCAUCAGCAAUACAACAAUUAGAUUGUCAUGAUGUUUUUAUAAGUCAUUUUAGUAAUAGCAAUAGUAAUAAUAAAUAUUUACAAGUUACAGUGAUAAAUCCACAAGGUGUUGUAUCAUUUAGUAGAGAUGCUAUAUCAUAUAUUACAAAAGGAAAUUACAUUACCAAUGUUAAAUUAUUCCCAACAGUAUUUUCAAAUGGUGAACAAUGUGUUCAUAGUCAAUUACAACCAUUUAGUUUCGAUAAAAAAAAGAUUAGUUUUGGUGAUAGAAAUGGUAUUAUCAUUAGUCCAGAUGGUACUUUCACUUAUAAACCCAUUUGGAGUACUGUUGGUGAAUUAAAAUUUAAUUAUUCAUGUGAUAAAAAUAUUUAUUAUGGUUGGAGUAAAAGUCAUUUCAUUUCAUUCUCUUUUAUAACUGACCAUGAAUUAGGUUCACCUUGUACAAAUCCUUAA